UCUCUCAUUCACACCAUCACAACAUAUACCACAUUCAUCAUAAAACCAAGCAGCAUCACCCCUUGUGAUCAUCAAUGGGUGAGAACAUUGCUGUAGAUGCAGUUGCAUCGGUGGUGCUCAAUAAGCUAAGGGAGUUGAUCAAGGACAAGUCCUUCGCGAGCAACAAGAUCAUCGACCAUCGCCUCAAGCAGAUGGAGCGGAAGCUCAAGGAUACGAGCUGGCUCACCUUGGUUGGCGCUGAAGAAAUCAAGAACCUGAGGAAGGAGUACCUCGACGAGAUCUACUCCAUCGAGGACUCCAUUGAGUCCUUUGCCCUUCGCUUCACCCGCCAGAGGAAGAAGCUCGGAUUCCUCAUGAAUCAUGCUCUCUUCCUCAAAUAUUUCACAGCUCUUAAAAUGCUCGACUUCAAACUCCGCCAUAUUCAGAGGAACGUUAAGAAGCUCAACAUUCGAACAAACAGCCUUGAAAGCUACAACACAAUGGGAAGACUGGAGAUCAAACAGAGUCCUACACUUUCUUUCAUUCAUGAAGAAACUCAAGGUCUGAGCUCAAGCAUGAACUGCGUCAACACCAGAAAAAACAGCCUUGAAAGCAGCAACAAAGAGGGAAGACUGGAGAUCAAACAGAUUCAUGAAGAAAGUCAAGGUCAGAGCUCAAGCAUGAAUAGCGUGGAGAGCAGAACAAACAGCCUUGAAAGCAGCGACAUAGAUGGAAGACUGGAGAUCAAACAGGCUCCUACACUUACUUCCAUUCGCGAAGAAACUCAAGGCCUGAGCUCAAGCAUGAAGCGCGUCAAGAGCAGUCCCGUUUUUGGAAACAUAAAAGAAAGGCCACCAGCUUUAUGCAAGAACCGCUCCUUCAAAGUGCUCUCACGCAGUCAUGCCUCAAUGAUUCGAGAGAGGUGGGAGCAUUCGAAGCUCAUUUACAGUCACUCCUAUAAUGGGAAAGGACUAUCUAUGGUCGGAUACGAAGGCAAGGUGGGAGAUCUCCUGCAUAGGCUUGAGUAUUCGGAUGACCUGAUAAUCCCAAUUGUAGGGGAACUGGGCUCAGGCAAGACGAUGCUGGCUCGUGCUGUCUAUCGAAACAGAAGCAUCAAGAACAAGUUCAAGCCUGCUGCUUUCGUGAACAUUUUCAAGGAAUCUACGGUGACGGACAUCCUGCUCGCCUUGCUGAACCAGGUUAAGAAGAAAUCGGAAGUGCAGAAUGGGAGCGAUGAGAAGUCCCUCGAAAGUCUCAAGGAGGAACUCAAUGAUAAGAUGUACUUGGUCGUGCUCGAUGGAGUUCAGUCAUUGAAUCAAUGGAAAAGACUUAAAGAUGCCUUCCCAGAUCAACAAAAUGGGAGCAAGAUCAUCCUUACCACCCGCGAUGAGCGAGUAGCGAUGCAUGCUGAUCCAAUGGGGAGGCAGAUAUAUAAUUUGGAGAAGCUCAGCCCGGAAGAGAGCUGGGCUUUGUUCAUAAGAAAGGUGGGCUUCAAAACACAUCCAGAAAAUUCUCUGAAAGAGAAAAUUAAUGAUGUUUGCAGGGGGCUGCCUUUGAACAUUGUGCUGCUCGGCAGUCUGUUGUCAAUGAAGCAGAGAGGGGAGUGGUCGGAAAUAGUCAAGAAGAUCGACAGAAACUGGCAAGCCUCAGAUAUUAUGAACUUUAGCUACAAUGAUUUGGAUCACCAUUUGAAACUGUGUCUCAUCUAUAUGGCACUGUUUCCCAGAGAAAUCGACAUUCCAGUGAGGAGGCUGAUACGGUUGUGGCUUGCUGAGGGAUUCGUAGAACGACGACAGAAACAUGGAGGGUUCCAAGAAGAUGAGGCGCAUUAUUAUUUCAAAAACAUGGUCAAACGCAGCUUGAUAAUGGUGUCGAAACAAAGACCAGAUGGAAGUGCUAGAAGUUGCCGGUUGCAAGGAGCCCUUCACGACCUCUUGAUGGAACAGGCGCGGGAUAUCCGCCUUUUCCAUGUAAAUCGAGGAUCAGAUGGUUCUUUCGAAAUGAGGAGACAUGUUGAAUAUUCUGCUGAUGCCUGGAAUGCUCUACCUAAGCCUUCUCAAAUGCAGCAUCUCAGGUCUUACAUAUCUUUGAACCUACAGAAGAGUGAUACUCCAGCAAAGAAUGCAAACUCUCUUCUUAAAGAAAUGGGAAAAAGGCUUGGCUUGCUGAGGGUACUUGAUCUGGAGGGAGUAUUCAAACCUCGUUUGCCUGACAACCUAGGCGACUUGUUCCAUUUGAGUUAUUUGGGAUUGAGAUGGACUUUCUUGGAUAAGCUUCCUAAAUCAGUUGGUGAACUCCCUUAUCUCCAAACAUUAGACCUGAAGCAAACACGCAUACACAAGAUCCCGGCCACCAUUUGGAAACUGAAGAAUCUCCAGCACCUCAAUCUCCAUGAAUUUCAUCUAGACAAGGACUGCCACGAGUCCUUGCCCGAUCUGCUGACACUCUGGGGAUUAUCAGUCAGCCACGAGAGCCCCAUCAAUAAUGGUUUGAGCAAGAUGAAACACCUAAGAGAAUUAGGCAUUUCUUUCCGUUUCAUCCAGCGCAGUGAUGAUGAUGCUGUCCAAGACAGAGGUCAUGACCAAUCUACAGAAGAUUUGGUGGAGUGGAUUUCUAAGUUAAGGGAUCUUCAAUCGUUGAUGUUACGAUCCCUUGAUGAUUGUGGGAAACCUUCAGCUCUUAGUUUAAGGCCGUUUUCAGGCCUGAUCAAACUUUCUGACAUGAAGUUACUUGGAAAGCUGCAACAACUUCCAACCUGGGAUCAGUUCCCACCUCAUAUUAAGGUUCUCACAUUAUCAUUGACGUCUCUAUCCCAAGAUCCCAUGCCAACUCUUGGACAGCUCCCGAAAUUAACAGUUUUGAGGCUGCUCGGCAAUUCAUUCCUCGGGGAGGAAAUGGUCUGCCCGAGUGAAAGCUUUAAGAAUCUUGAGGUUCUAAAACUCUGGGUGCUCCAAGAUCUCAAGGAAUGGAAAGUUGAAGACGGGGCAAUGAAGAAACUCAAAGAGGUCAACAUUAGAAGGUGUUCCAAACUUCUAAACUUCCCAGCCAGCUUGCUGGAGCAGGAAACUUUCCAAGAUUUGAUCUUAAACAACAUGCCCUCUGAGUUCAAGAAUAAUAUUGCCAACGAGUAUCAGUGGAAGGUCUCCACCGAAGAUUUUUGUCAGCAUCUUUAUGGUUAAGAUUAGGAUGAUUCUUUUAAGGAUGUAGCAUUAGUAUUUAUUUAAUGAAUGUUUUAAAAUCAUAAGUAUUGUGUAAAAUGCGAUGAACUUGAGACACA